AUGGGUAGUCUACAAGCCCAAGAAAACGAGGAAAAGACAGAAGUCAUAGUCUACUACAUAAGCAAGUGCAUGACAGGCUACAAACUUAAUUACUCGCCAGUAGAAAUGGUGUGUUGGGACCUAGCUUGGGUUACUAAGAGACUAAGGCAUUACAUGCAAGCCCACAUAGUCAAGUUAAUAUCAAGACUCGAUCCAAUUCAGUACGACAUCGUGUACACGGUUCAGAAAUCUAUUAAGGGAAGCGUUGUAGAAGAUUGUCUUGCAGACCAACCAAUCGAAGUUGAAGACGACGAGUUAGCAUUCCUAGACAACAAAGUGAUGGCUAUUAACCCUACAACCUUGACGCUACUAUUCGAUGGAGCUUCAGGAAAGCAAGGUUAUGGCAUCAGAAUACUACUCAUCGAUCCUGUGGAAACAUACAACCCAAUCUCAGUCAAGCUCGAAUAUCCCGUGACGAACAAUGAAGCAGAGUACGAAACAUGCAUCUAUGCUUGA